CCCGUGCUCAGGACGCUGAGAUGGGGCCCCGGCAGAAGGGGUGGGCUUCAGAGCCUGUUGCAGGAUCUGGGUCUGCUCUGCUUCCGAGCUUAGCUUCUCCCCAGAGUCUCGAGACUUUUCCAACUCCGUCUGCCUGUUCAUUUCCAGGCAAUGUGAUGAAACUGGAGGAACAGAAGUCGGACCUGGAGGGGCAGCUGAAGACUCUGACGAAGCAGAUAAAGGACGAGACGGAGGAGUGGCGGCGCUUCCAGGCUGACCUGCAGACAGCGGUGGUGGUGGCCAACGACAUCAAGUGCGAGGCCCAGCAGGAGCUACGUGCUGUCAAGCGGAGGCUGCUGGAGGAGGAGGAGAAGAACGCCCGGCUGCAGAAGGCCCUGGGGGACGCGCGGGCCCGAGGCAGGUAGGUCAGUGCCGCAGGCACCCUGGGCCGGGCCCACCUGCUCUCCUGGCCGGGGCUGCCGGCAUCCACCACGUGAUGCUGGGUGUCUUUCCUGAGCCCUCCCCUCCCCUCCAGGUCUCUCUGACCCCAUCCCUGGCCAGGGAAUAACUAACCCCCAGGCCAGGGAAUAACUAACCCCAGGCCGGGGAAUAACUAACCCCGGGCCGGGGAAUAACUAACCCCCGGCCAGGGAAUAACUAACCUCACACCCAGGGUGUAACGAACCCCACGGCCAGGGCAUAACUAGCUCCAUGGUAGAAAUAUUCCGCCCAACACCGUCACCGCCAUUCCUGGUGGUGAGAAAGCUCGUCACUCGAGGGGACAAAGUUUUAGCCAAGUCCCCUCCGGGUUUGGAGGAGAGGAUGCUCUUACAUCUCAUUGUUGGUCCGGGCAACUCGUGUCGGUCACCCUCACCCAAUGGGAGAAACUUGACCGCUUCCUGGGGCGUGGCCACCAGGUGGAGGCCUCACCGUCCUGGCCCAGGACCUGCUUCUGUAUUAGCAGCCCCAUUGGACUCCCUGCAGAAGACCUUGAAAUAAGCCACUUUAUUAAAAAGGGUAAGCUUGCAGAACAUAUGUCCGGCUGAUACGUGAUUCCCUUCUGCUCUCGAGGGGAACAUCACAGUCCGUUACCCAAGCAGGCCCUUCUUAACAGCGAGCUUUCAGAAUAAGCUGUUCCCAAAGUGAGCCCAGAGUUGGUUAUUGUUUAAAAUUUAGAUGGUUUACAAACAAGGCUAUCAACAGUAUUUUAGGCUUCAGCUAAUGCAGUGCUGUCUUUUUCCCAAUCAGGAAUAGAUGUCCUUGACGUUGAGAUUCUUGGUUAUUUUGAAUUUUUGGAUUUCUCUCAACAUAAAAUGCAGUAGAAUUUAAAAAUCAGAUUUAUUAAAUUCUGGAUGCAGAUUUGUACAGUUUGCCCCUUUUUACCUGUUUUCCAGCGUUGACAGGGGCUGGAUUCCGAGCCUCUGGGUCUGAUAUAGUAUCAUGAACUUCACAGCAGUGGAAGGAGUAGAUUUCUGCUCAGAAUUCUCUUUUGAUUCUCUUACCAAACUUGCUUCAAUCAAUCUGGCGGCCCUUUGUUUAUGAAAAUCAAGAUCAUAAUAUUAUAGUCACACCUAUACCCUCUGGCCAGCAAAAGCACGUGAAUUUUAAGGGAGAAGCAGAAUAGGAAAACUAGAUUUCAUAGAGUUCCCUAUUGAAAUGAUUGUGAGGUCAUUCUGAUUUGCUUUGGUGUCUGCUUUUGUUUAUUUGUCCAUGUGUCUUGCUUUUCUAUUGUGUGUCUUUGGAAGAGGAACCACAUCAUAACCUGCAUUGCUUCAUAUAUACGUGAAUUUACAGAUAAAUGAUAAAAGACAAGCCUUGAGUUUAAGAGGUGGCCGUAAAUAAGUUAUUGUAUGGGAUGCUGCAUUUCUUUCUUAGAUUCUAAGAUACAGGUCAGAUUAUACAACUCGAACCCUGAUACCAUAGGAAAUCUGCGUGCGUCUUGACAAUUUAGGGCCCCAUGUGCUACAUCCAACAUUUUCAAACUUAGGGUCACUUUUUUUUCAAACACAGUAUGUUUCUCUUUUGAUUUUCCAGUGAUUUGCAAACCUACCUCCUAAUUCCAGCAGUUUAAUCCCUUAUCACAAAAUGUUUCACUAUUCGAGAACUGACACCAAUUCAGAACAUGGCAUGCUACUGAAACCCUGCAGGCGUCCGUGGGUUUCUUGGCAGUCAUUGCCCUUCAGAUGAUUGCCAGGGUGGUUUCUUGUCUGAUUUUGCGUUGCCCCGGCUAGCUGCCCCUUCUAAAGCAUUGGCUAUUGGAAAGUUACUUGCUGAUGGCUCCACCUCUUCCUGAACCUACCACGUGAGCCAGACUUGCAGCCAGCUGACACCCUCCGAGGUCCCAGAGCCUCAGAGGGUUUCCAUCUUGGCUGCCCGGGUUCUUGACUUUGACAGUCUUCUGACGAGAACUCAGAAGUCCUUCUUGGUUCAGCCAGAGCCAAAGAACUUGCACAAAAUUCUCUGAUGGGGUCCUCCAAGUACAACCAAGAGAAAGUAAGAGCAUCAGAAAAGUGACUUGAUCGUGACCCUGGAUGGACUGAUUCGCAUUCUCAUCAACUGGCAUUCGAGAGAUCAUAGGCCAGUAGGCAGGCAGGUGGGGUGCCUGGGUGUGAAGGCAAGUUAGCGUUUAUUACCAAGAACUUAAUAGUUAAAGUGGAACGUUACUUAACGUAGUAGUUUUAGAUGAUUCUAAAGCUUAGCUCAUUAGCCAUCUUCAAUCCUGUGAUGUUUUCAGAGGUAUUUUUAUUUUGGAGUCAGAAUAACUGAUGUUAAGAUACAUGGGAAAAUGAGGCUCAGGUCUCAUCUUUGCCACCAACUGGCAAGGUUUUCUUCCCAGACCGAGCUCCUUCCUCUCUUAAAUGAGAAGGUAAGGGCUUCC